AUGUCCUGCAAAUUAGGAUCGGGAGCUGUUAACCUUACAAGAAUUUCACCAGUUUCACCAGCAUCUAUAGUUCGAACUCGUGAUGCAAACGGCUUGAGCCGAGCCGCGAGACAAACGGCUAAGCCGAGUCGAUGA